AGAGGGAGAACAGGUCCCCUCAGUCUCCUGCUGGUGUCCAUCGUUGUGUGCUCGUCUGUGUGGAGCGACCUCACUUCACCGAUUCCUCCCUUCCUCCGUCCCUCUCUGGCUCUGAUCUGACCCCCUCGCUCCUCGAGCCUCCGACUCCGGGCUCAGCGCUUCCAUCGAUCCGCUGGACUCGCUCCCCACAUCCGUUUCUCUUCGCGAGGAAACCGGAAGGAUUCCUCCACUCGAGGACUGCGGGGGUUUCGAAAGUGAGGAAGAGGACGGGCGAGACAUGGGCAGCGGAGGAAGUGCCGAGGACAAGAAGUCCAAGGAGCUGGAGAAACAGCUGCAGGAGGACGCGGCCAAGGACUCCAAAACGGUCAAACUGCUGCUGCUGGGUGCUGGUGAGUCGGGGAAGAGCACCAUUGUAAAGCAGAUGAAAAUUCUUCAUCAGGGAGGUUAUACGAAAGAAGAGCAACUGGGGUUCAAGUCGAUUAUUUACGGCAACAUCCUGCAGUCUGCGCUGGCCAUCGUGAGAGGCAUGGAGAUGCUGGGCAUUGACUUUGGGUCGCCGUCCGCAGUGGAGGAUGGGCAGAAGCUGCAGAACCUGGCAGACUCCAUCGAGGAGGGCACCAUGCCCAGCGAGCUGGCAGAGGUCAUCAAGCAGCUGUGGAGUGACUCCGGGGUCCAGGCUGCCUUCGAGAGGGCCGCAGAGUACCAGCUCAACGACUCCGCCUCCUAUUAUCUCAGUGAGCUGGACCGCAUCACGAAACCGGAUUACCUGCCCACUGAACAGGACGUGCUGCGCUCUCGAGUCAAGACCACGGGAAUCAUCGAGGAGCAGUUCUCCUGCAAGGAGCUGCACUUCAGGAUGUUCGAUGUGGGCGGCCAGAGGUCCGAGCGCAAGAAGUGGAUCCACUGUUUCGAGGGCGUGACCUGCAUCAUCUUCUGCGGAGCACUGAGCGCCUAUGACAUGGUGCUGGUGGAGGACGACGAAGUCAACCGCAUGCACGAGAGUCUGCAUCUAUUCAACAGCAUCUGCAACCACAGGUUCUUCGCCACAACCUCAAUCGUGCUCUUCCUCAACAAGAAGGACCUCUUUCAGGAGAAGAUCAAGAAGGUCCACCUCAGCAUCUGCUUCCCCGAUUAUGAUGGUCCCAACACAUAUGAAGAUGCCAGUAACUACAUCAAGAGCCAGUUUGAGGAGCUGAACAUGAAGAAGGGGGUGAAGGAGAUCUACUCCCAUUUGACCUGCGCCACAGACACAGAGAAUGUCCAGAUAGUGUUCAACGCAGUCACAGACAUCAUUAUCAAAGAAAACCUGAAGGACUGCGGUCUGUUCUAAUAAGCUUGAGCAAAAAAAGGUAGUUCUA